CCGCGCAGGCUCAGUACGCAGCGGUCGCACCUUAAAGUAGCCGCACGGGGUCGCGUUGUUGCCGGCUGACCAGCCACCGACUGGCAUGAAGGGCUGGGGUGUUGGUGCCACCUCCUGCUCGAUCCAGCGCCAUGGAAUGCCUGCAGAGCCUGAGCCGGCUCCUGCCCAUCGCCUUGGGGCUGCCGCGGCGCACGCUGUGUACUGUGUUUCAGGGCCUGACCCCUGGGUCGCGCCCCGUUGCCGCGUGCGGCUGCCCGGCCCAACUCCUCGGGCAGACCCGAGCCGCGCCGCUGUGCGAGCCCCGCCGGCCCCGCGUGGCAGGUGAAAUGCACCGGUUUAGAACUUCUGAUGUGUCUCAAGCCACUUUAGCCAGCGUAGCCCCAGUGUUUACUGUGACAAAAUUCGACAAAGAGGGAAAUGUUACUUCUUUUGAAAAGAAGAAAACUGACUUAUAUCAAGAAUUAGGUCUUCAGGCCAGAGACCUGAGGUUCCAGCAUGUAAUGAGCAUCACAACCAGGAACAACAGGGUUAUCAUGAGAAUGGAGUAUUUGAAAGCUGUGAUAACUCCAGAGUGUCUCCUGAUACUAGAUUAUCGUAAUUUAAAUUUAGAGCAAUGGCUGUUCCGGGAACUCCCUUCACAGUUGGCUGGAGAAGGACAACUUGUCACAUACCCUUUACCUUUUGAGUUCAGGGCUAUAGAAGCACUCCUACAAUAUUGGAUCAGCACUCUUCAGGGGAAGCUUAGCAUUCUGCAGCCACUGAUCCUUGAGACAUUGGAAGCUUUAGUGGAUCCCAAACAUUCUUCUGUAGACAGAAGCAAACUGCACAUCUUACUACAAAACGGCAAAAGUCUGUCAGAGUUAGAAACAGAUAUUAAGAUUUUCAAAGAGUCCGUUUUGGAGAUCUUGGAUGAAGAAGAGUUGCUGGAAGAGCUCUGUCUCACGAAGUGGAGUGACCCCCAAGUCUUUGAAAAGAGCAGUGCUGGAAUCGACCAUGCAGAAGAGAUGGAGUUGCUCUUGGAAAACUACUACCGAUUAGCUGAGGAUCUUUCCAAUGCAACGCGGGAACUCAGGGUACUGAUUGAUGAUUCACAAAGUAUCAUAUUCAUCAAUCUGGACAGCCACCGUAACGUGAUGAUGAGGUUGAACCUGCAGUUGACCAUGGGAACCUUUUCUCUCUCUCUCUUUGGACUGAUGGGAGUUGCUUUUGGAAUGAAUUUGGAAUCUUCCCUUGAAGAGGACCACAGAGUGUUUUGGCUGAUCACAGGAAUUAUGUUUAUGGGAAGUGGCCUCAUCUGGAGGCGUCUGCUGUCAUUCCUGGGACGACAGCUAGAAGCUCCUUUGCCUCCCGUGAUGGCCUCUUUACCCAAGAAGUCCCUUCCGGCAGACAGAAGGCUGGAAUUGAAACACAGCUUCCGGCCGGAUGGGCUCGGAUCGGGCAGGAGCGUCCUGACAAACCGCUAGCGACCUCAGCACAGGAGAGCCUGUGUUACUCCUCACGGCGGUCCUGGGGAACGUUGGGUACUCUUUCAUUACGUUCUUUUAUAGAGUCAGAGACUUGAAAAAAAUCACUAAAAUUAUAACGUCUGAUGGUAAAGAUACCGUGGCACUCCAUAGUGCUAGAACUUAACUGCAUUUUCAGAAUUGAGGAAAGAAGCAAAUAUGUGCUUUGUAAAAGGCCAAAAUUCUAUUUCCCACAAUCUUAAAAUGUUGUUUUUAUAGACAUUAUGUGAGAAUAGACUGCUGUAUAGAUUUUCUGAUUUGUACAUGUCUCAGGCCAAGCAAAGCCUGAAAACUUGACAAGCCCGCAGUGACGAGAUCAGGUAGCAGUAGUUCGUAGUAAGGGGAUCGUGGUCUUGGCAACUUCCUGACUCUUAGGUAACUGGAAAGGCAGGAAAAUACAUAUUAACCUUAAAACAAACUCUGAAAGUUUGUGCUUUAAACCAAUCUUUAACGUACCUUAUUUUCUAGUAUUUGUCCCCCUUUUAUAUAAGGCAAAUAAAAAGGAAAUGAUUUAAUAUCAGCUUAAAUGGAUUCCAGUUAAUCAGAAUUUUAUUCUGCUGACCCCUGAAACUAUUCUUCUCUGCUUGGCUAUCAUGGAAGCCUUUGGAAGUAAUGUUGAAAGAAACUAUUUCCAUUCUGUUACUGUUGUACAGCUCUUAGGUCAUUCCCUGACUUUGGAGUAGAUGGAGGUGUCCCCUCAACCACCCCCACCCCCCCGAAAAAGAACAUGUAGCCCAGUUAAUCUGUAUGCCUACACCUCAGAGCUUGACAGAUGGGCUUCCUAAAACCAGAGGGUAGACUUCAGAGUGUCCGGAGCAGCUCUUCUGCUGCAAGUGUAAUAGUACAAUAAUGUGCUGAUAAUGCUGGGCUUGCCUGGUACAUAGUAGUAUGUCAUAUGAGGAAGUUCAGGAGUCCGUUUACCAAGGGGUUUGGUGAUGGGAAUAAAAAUGCUAUUCUAAUAGCUGAUUUGAGAGAAAACAGAGUUGUAAGUAGUUUUCCCUACUCCCCUGUGUGGUUGUUAGAAGCCACUAGAAGCUGGAGGAUACGAUGGCCCAGGCUCGGUUGGUCUCAGCACUGAGUGGCCCACUGGGCACCUCCCUGUGGGUCAGGGGCACACGUUGGGGUGUCGGAGUGUGGAUAUAUGAACUUGCUAGCGUCAUAAAUGUGUGUGAUGACUUUGACGAUCUCUCGAUUUCACGGGACACUCUGUCACCUCAGAGCACUGCCGCUGUUCAUGACCUUACGCUAUCACUAUGCAUAGGUUAUAAAUGUUACUUCACUGUGACGUGGGAAGAACUGAAAGCCCAAAGGGCUUGAUUUGACUCUGAUCAGGCACAGAAUGGAAUUUUGGCCUUUUUCCUUUUGAUGUGACUUAGUGUGUGGACUUGGGUAAAAUAAUUUUUUUUCAGGAGUCAUGUUUCCUCAAUAAAAGGGAAAUGCAACCACCUCUUAAGGGUACAGAAGAGCAGUUACUGGUGGUUUAUGAAGUUCUCGAAGGUGGUUAGAUCAGGUAGGAUUUCAGAACGUCAGCUUGCUCUGCUUUGCGGAUGGCAGGAUACUGCUUCUCACCUAAGAAGUUAGGCGAUUUUAAAUUUUGAAUUAAAAUGAGCACAAGUGUUUGGUUAUGUGAGUGAGCAAGCAGUCGUAUAAUCUCACUAGACUGUUUUUGGAAGGGCUCUAAGGAAAUGUGGCAGAUGAUAGCAAACAGACUGUGAGAAAUAACCACUAAGUAAAAAGCUACUGGGCACAUUUUCCAAGAGUUGUACACAGCUUUAUUU